UCACUCAGUCCCCGAAUGCCAUGACUGAGGACAUUUAUACCAAUGGCUCAGCGACUCUGGGCAGCCCAUCCCACAGCAACAGCCGUGAGGUGCGGAAGAUACGCCUUGUCCAGUUUGAGAAGGUCACGGAGGAACCCAUGGGAAUCACACUGAAGCUCAAUGACAAGCAGAGCUGCAUGGUGGCCAGGAUCUUCCAUGGGGGCAUGAUUCACAGACAAGGCUCCCUUCACGUGGGUGAUGAAAUCAUAGAAAUCAAUGGGCAGAGUGUGAGCAACCACUCAGUUGACCAGCUGCAGAAGAUGCUGAAAGAAACCAAGGGGAUGGUCUCAAUAAAAGUCAUUCCCAACCAACAAAGCCGCCUCCCUGCUCUCCAGAUGUUCAUGAGGGCACAGUUUGACUACGACCCCCAAAAAGACAACCUGAUCCCCUGCAAGGAAGCAGGGCUGAAGUUUCAGACCGGCGAUGUGAUUCAAAUCAUAAACAAGGAUGACAGCAACUGGUGGCAGGGCCGGGUGGAGGGCUCCUGCACUGAGUCAGCAGGACUCAUCCCUUCUCCGGAGCUGCAGGAGUGGCGUGUGGCGAGCAUCACCCAGUCCAGUCAGAGUGAAUCCCCAAGCUGUAGCCCCUUUGGGAAGAAGAAGAAGUGCAAAGAUAAAUACCUGGCCAAGCACAGCUCAAUUUUUGACCAGCUGGAUGUGGUUUCGUAUGAGGAGGUGGUGAGGCUGCCUGCCUUCAAGAGGAAGACUCUGGUGCUCAUUGGGGCCAGCGGUGUGGGCCGUAGCCACAUCAAGAAUGCUCUGCUCAGCAAUAACCCGGAGAAGUUCAUGUACCCACCCCCACACACCACACGCCCCCAGAAGAAGAAUGAGGUGGACGGGAAGGACUACUACUUUGUCUCCACUGAGGAGAUGACCCGGGACAUCUCAGCCAAUGAGUUCCUGGAGUUUGGAAGCUACCAGGGAAACAUGUUUGGCACCAAAUUUGAAACAGUGCACAAGAUCCACCAGCAGAACAAAGUUGCUAUUUUGGACGUUGAGCCCCAGACCCUGAAGAUCGUCCGCACAGCCGAGCUCUCCCCGUUCAUAGUCUUCAUUGCCCCAACAGACAAGGCAGAGCAGUCAGAGGCUUUGCAGCAGCUCCGGAAGGAUUCAGAGGGCAUCCGAAGCCGGUAUGCACACUACUUCGACCUCUCACUGGUCAACAAUGGGGUGGAAGAAAGCCUCCAGCUGCUGCAGGAAGCCUUUGAGCAGGCCUGCAGCUCUCCACAGUGGGUGCCUGUCUCCUGGGUCUACUGAGAGGGCAUCCGAACCCAGCUGCUUCCCAUCAACCAUUCUGCAGCCAUGGGGAGAAACCUUCUCCUCAGCUCCCCCUCAUCCACACACAGCCUAACACAACUCCCUUCUGCUGCUGCUCCACGGACAUGGUCUCAAUUGGUUGACACACACACACAGAGGGUCUCCAGAUCUCCUCUCUCAGGGGAACACAGGACAGGCUGCCCAGGGGACACCACCUCC